GCAGACACACAGACAUCAGCAUGCGAAGUCAUCCCAACAGUCUGUAAUUGACUAACUGGGGUAUAACAAAAGAUUUGUUUGAUCCGUGGCAUAAAUAAUGACAGACUAAUGCUGAAGAAACAUGGCUUCUACUGCAAAAAACACUAAAUCAAAAGCCUUUGGUUCAGGACCAGGAUCAUCAAAGAGGGACUCAAUCACACCUUGUGAUGCACAUCUUUCACUUUUGAAAACACUGGGACUUGAAAAGUACUACCCAAACAAGCUGACGCUGAGGACUUUAGUGGAAAUCAACAGUGCCACUGUGUCCAAUGAAAAGAUUGACUCACUGCAAGCAAUACCAUGGGCCUUCCUGAGAAAGCUACUGAUGGUUAAUUCAAACUCAAGGUUUAUGCUAUCAGCACUUUGUGAAAAUGAUAAGUCAGAUGACUUGUUUAGUGAAGAGGACAGUGAUGGUAGCUUUAACCUUCUAGAUCUUCACACUGCCUUCUUUCUCUGUGCAGAUAGUUUUCUCCAGCAAGAAAUUGCACUGAAAAUGUCAAUGUGUCAGUUUGCGGUACCUUUUGUGUUACCUCACGGUGUACAUAAUCAAUGUACUUUAAUGUUAUGGGCUCUUAGAGCUAUCCUGAAAGAAUGGCGUCCUCAAUCAAUGGCAGAGUCAAAAGGGUUUGUUGAAGACAGUGUUGUUAAUGCAAAAAUUCCCUUGGUAUCAUUUGUGAGAUUAAGUAACUGCAGUUUGUCCAAGUCUCAGGUUUUGAACCAAGUGCUCAACAAUUCACAGCAGCACCAUGACUUCUUUACUCAUCGAGAAAUGAUUGGAGGAUCUGCUCCCAGGGUAAUCGCUAAUGGCUUGGUUGAAAUUUGCUGGAGUCUUCCAUGUGGAAACAGUAGCAUUGAUGUCUUUCCUGAGGCAGUGGCUGUUGCUAAUUUAAGAGGGGAUGUUUGCACUUUUAGACAACAGUUCAGUUUUCUUACUCAGGUGUCAACAGCUACCUUUGUGUUCCUGGACAGUGUUGAAGAAAAUGAACAAAGGCUGUUUGCCUCUUUACAAGAAAUAAACUCCAAAAUAUUUCUUGUGGUGAACUCUCAGAGAAAGAUGACGCAGGAUGUGAAGUCAUCUAUUGAGGCAGUAAUUGAUACUCUGCAACUGAAUAGAGACCACAUAAUUAAAAAAAGCCAAAAAGUGAAUUUGGCUACUUUUGCAAAAUCGAUCAAUUCUUCAAUUAACACUAUUCUAAGUGAAUGCCAAAAAUCAUUUAGUAUUGAUUCUAUGAAGAAGACCGCUCAGGAAUUAGGUCUUGCUGUUGAUGAGAUUCAAGGAAAAGCCUCUGUCUCAGCAGAAGAAAUGGCAGAGACAGUCAUGAAAACUAUUGGAGUUCGUCAAAUAACAGACUAUAAAAAGACACAGCUGCCACUGCAAGGUGAAAGUUGGAAAAGACUAGCUAAUAAAGAGAAACAGCAAUGCAGAUUACAGAAUUCAGAAGGAAUGAGCCUGGAGGAAUUUAAGGUAAAACUUCAAAAAGAAAUUAAGGAAAUUCGGAACAAACAAAAUCAGUACAAAAUGACAAAAACAAUGGAAAUCUUUAUUGAUGCUUUGUUAGGCUCUGAUGAUACUGAGCGAGCCUUUUUUCUGAAAUGGAUGGGACUAAAGAUGGACAUGCGUUCACGCAAACAAAUGUCAAAACUUCAACGGCAAUACAGAGAGUGUGAACAAAAUAGAGACAGAGAUGCUAUAGCCCAAUUAGACCAGGAACUUCUUGAUUCUUCUCUUGGCAUAGAGCAUUACAUGAGAGAAAUGGGACAGAUCUAUGAAGCUGCUUCAUUUGGAUCAAACAAAAUCUCUGAUAAAAUAAGCAGUCUCCCUAGUCUGGUUGCCAAAAUGCUCCUAGCUGGGUUUCCUCUUGAGAUACUUGAUGGAGAUGCAUCAAAUAUCCCAGAGAAAUGGGUGAGUGAUGUUCUCAUGGAGCUUCACUCGAUGGUUGCGGAGAAGAGCCGUUUACUGGUAAUAACUGUGUUAGGGGUUCAGAGUUCUGGUAAAUCAACACUGCUCAACACUAUGUUUGGAGUUCAGUUUGCAGUGGGUAGUGGACGAUGCACACGUGGAGCAUACAUGAUUCUCAUACCUGUGGGUGAAGACUUGAAGGAAGAGUUACUUUGUGACUUUGUCCUUCUGAUUGAUACAGAGGGUUUGAAAUCACCAGCACUGGCCCAACUGGAGGACAGUUAUGAGCAUGACAAUGAAUUGGCCACGUUUGUGAUUGGUCUUAGUGAUGUAACCAUCAUCAAUAUAGCAAUGGAAAAUUCCACAGAGAUGAAGGACGUCUUGCAGAUAGCAGUUCAUGCUUUUUUACGGAUGAAGGAAGUUGGUAAAAAAACAGUCUGCCACUUUGUCCACCAAAAUGUUGGUGGUGUUUCAGCAAAUAACAAAAACCUGAAUGAACGGAAAAAGCUCCUGGACCAGUUAAAUGAGAUGACAGUGAUUGCAGCUGGGAUGGAAAAGAAGUCUAACAUAAAAAAAUUCACUGAUGUUUUGGAUUAUGAUGUGGAAAAAAAUAACUGGUAUAUACCAGGCCUAUGGCAUGGCACACCACCAAUGGCACCAGUUAAUUCAGGCUACAGUGUGGCUGUUCUUGAUCUAAAGAAAACUCUCUUUGACAUACUUAGAGCAAGAAAGAAUGAAGAACCCUCUCAGAUCCCAGGGUUCCUGCAAUGGAUGCGUAACUUGUGGAAGGCAGUGAAGUUUGAGAAUUUCAUCUUUAGUUUCAGAAACAGUCUUGUGGCCCAUGCCUAUGGCAGUCUUUGCAAAGAGUUUUCAGACUGGGAGUGGUCUUUCAAAAGACAUAUCUUGCCUUUGAUUUCUAGUGCAGAAGUUCAACUAUCUAAUGUUGAAACCAAUUCUAUGGAUGAUGUUGCUGGAAGACUGAAGAAAGACUUACACAAAGAGAUUGAGGUUCAAACCAAAUCAAUCAGUGAAAAACUGAAAGACUACUAUAAAAAGAAAGAGCGUUACGUGCAUUUGGUAGAAAAGUACAGAGCUGAUUUUGGUAAUAGCAUUAAAUCUCUGCAGAGUGAAAUGACAGAGGAAGUGAGAAAGAGAGUUGAAUUUGCUCUUGAGAAGAGAAGAAACAAGGAAAAAGUAGAAGACAUACAGAAUAAGCACUCUGAUAUAAUCAAAUGCAAGGUCCUGCAAUUACUGCAGAACUACAAAGACAGUGAGGUGACUGAUGAGGAUCUCAAAGCAGAUUUUGAGAGAAUGUGGACACAAGAGAUGGGAAACAUCCGUGGUUUUACAGAAAAAGAUGUUCCUCAUGAUGUUUUUAGGAACUUUCGUUCAAGUUUUGAACAUCGUAACGUAAUGCAAUAUUUGCAGACAAUGGGGAAAUUGACAGAAUAUGGGCAAGAGCAGUUCAAGGCCAAGAAAGAACAUGUGAAACUAGGAAAAUUAAAACGUUUAAUAUAUGCAAACCGCAGUGUAAAGCACGAUCUACAGAAUACUGCAGAUAAUGUCAUUUCCAGUUGCUUUAGGAUGAUUGAACAGAUUACACAAUCCAAAGGUGAUUACCAAACUGCAUUUACAAAAGAUGUGCUUGAUGAAAUUAAUGAACACCUCAGAAAAGCAGGCACCAAUUACGAUACCAAAUUUGAAUUUGACCUGAAAUUGCACAUUUGUGGCAUUGCCUCUCGGGAAUUCACAGAGAUGCACAGGAAAUAUCUUGCUGAACAAGAUCCACUGAAACAUUUAAAGAAAUUUAAGAGUCAGUAUCUCUCUGAUUUUAUUGAUUUGUACAGAAAGAAUGACCAGUGUCACAGGAAGGCAAGAGAAUUCACUCAGCUCUGUCUCAAGCCAGCAGUGACUGAGUACAUCGAACAGUCCAUCGGACCUGACAUUGUUGAUGCAGUUCUAGAUAAAAGCCCAACUGAGUAUAGUUCUCGAGUGCUGUGUCAGUACACAAUUCAAAAGGAACUACUGGAAAAAUCAAACUUUGAGGAUUUUAACAGGUACAUUUUGCAAUACAAUCCUUAUAUCAAAGAAUGGAUAUACAAUAGUAUCGUUAAAUGCUUUUCCAAAGACAUAUCUCUGCAAAAUAUAAAAAGGAAGAAGCUGAAUGACAUAAUGCAAAAGAUCAUAAAAGCAAUGGCAGCCUCUAAGGUUGAUGACAAUGGGACUCCUUUGCCAAAUAAUGAAAGAGGUGCGAGAAAGUUGAUCCAGAACUUUUGCAAAUAUAUGAGCUGUGAGAUCUCAAUUUCCAUGAAAAAAGUGGAACAGGUCCUCUUUCAGAAUACAGCCGAUUGUGCUUCCUUCACCAAAAGUCUCAAUGAAUGUAUAGAGGAGAUGAAGCUACAGCUAAUAGAUGAGAUCUCUGACUCUGAUAUCAAAGAGACACUGAACAGUGUGUCUGUGAAGCCCCAAAAUGUGCUCUUUAAGAGGGUGUUUGGAUGUGGGAAAAAGUGUCCCUUUUGCAAAACACCAUGUGAAGCAGAAAGAAAGGAACAUCAGGAACACCAUGCAGCUGUGCACAGACCAAAAGGACUUUGUGGUUCUCUAAAUAAUAAAGCUCUUUGUGAAGAGAUCUGUACAUCUAGUGUACUUGGCAAUAGAACUUUCGAAAAUCAAGAAACAGAUUUUGAACCUCAACUGUACAAAGACUACCGCAAAUACUAUCCAGACUGGCAUAUUACACCUGACAUGUCUAUAGAAGCCUCGGAUUACUGGAAGUAUGUAAUGGUGACAUUCAACAAGCAAUUUGCUGAAUUUUAUAAUGCAGAGCCAGCUGUGUAUCCAGAUGAAUGGAAGAAAAUCACUAAAGGGCAGGCUCUUCUUAGUCUAAAGAAAAACAUACAGGGGGUCCUCAACUUACGUCGGAAUUCCUUUCCCAUGGUGUGAAAUAACGCGAUUUUCGCUGUAAGUCGGAACUCACAUACUGUAGUGGUAAAAUCAUAAUCUAAGCCGUCUUCCUCGUAUAGCGCCGUGUGACGACGUAUUCGUCCACUCCGCUCCCCAACUAGUUCCUGCAUGAAAUUUGUUUUAACGUCGCAAAUGCCAUACAUCGGAAUGCUGGAACAAGACUUUCUUAAUAAAUUUAUGGGAGAUGGCGACUUCUGUAUGACCUCCUGUAUUAAAUAUUAAAUUGAGACAAAAUGUCCCAGUAAACGUAUUGGGAUUUCUGAAGAACACCUGACCAAACAACUAAACAAUGACAAUAACAAUUCGUAGUUCUGUCACAAACGUUAUGGCUCAGGUGGUUUUCUGAGCUCUAGUUAUCUCUAUCAUUUGAGCUGUAUUGUUGAUAUGGUGAAAAAAGGCACAUUCUCAAUUCCUAUCAUCGAAAUAUUUAAUCAGUCACAGUAAGAAUGAUUUUUAAGGAUUAUGUGUAUGUCUACAUGGAUUAAUAAAUGAAACUGAGGAUUUUUUGCUGGUUUGAUUAUUUCUGUUUUUGCAAUAUUCAUUCAAAAGUUAUAACUGUGUUCGUUAAUCACUUUGUUACAGCUAUUACAACUUUGUUAAAAUGUUUAUUAAUUACUUUCUGCUUGAAUUCAAAUGAACGUGUUAUUCAGAAUAUAAUGUGUGAGCAAAC